AUGGGCAUUGAGCCCUCUUCAGCUUUUGCUGUAUGCAAUUAUGGUGACUGCUACAUAAGGUUCAAACAGAACAUAAAAAUCUUCUGUGAUGUGGAUUCUCCUGGUCACUUUGGAUCAUAUAUGUUACAAUCAAUGGUAGCUGAACACCUCAACUUGACUUGA